AUGUUCUGUCACAAAUGCAAAUACCUUCUGGGGUCCAAGGUCAUUGAUGACUGUCUUCAGCUCAUCUACAAUGUAGAGACCGGUCCAAGUCCUGAGGCUGUUGGCCCUGUGCCUGGGCAGGAGUCUGGGGGUCGGAGGCUCUCCUGGCCUGUCCUGCUGCUGACCCUGGCGGCGGUCACCUCAUCAAGCACGGCUUUAUCUCUGUUCCAUCUGCUGGCCCUCAGGGCCGAGGUGGAGGGGCUCCGGGCAGAAGUAUUUCCCAGGAGAGAGGAGCUAGUGUCUCAACCUUGUCUACAGAUGCUGGCAGAUAGAAACAGGGAAACAUUCCAGAAACAGUUUGCGUUGGAGCCUCACACAGGGAUCCCCUGGCAGGAGGGGCUUAGGAGAGGCUCCGCCCUGGAGUCAGAGUGUGACAGCAUUCUUGUCAGAGAGGAGGGAUACUAUUUUGUCUACAGCCAGGUAUCCUACAUGGACAGGAUCUUUGCCAUGGGUCAUGUGGUGAACAGGAAGAAGAGGAACGUUGUGGGAGAUGAAGCUCAGCAUGUCACACUGUUCUGCUGUAUCCAGGACAUGAACCCUGUUUACCCAUACAACACCUGCUACACAGGGGGUAUAGUGAAGCUGGAGGUCGUGGACAUUGUGGAGCUGCUGAUACCUCGCUCUACAGCCAAUAUUUCUCUGGAUGGAGAUUCUUCUUUCCUGGGGGCCUUUAGACUGGUCUGA